UUUAAAUUCAGAUUAAUAAAUGAUUUCGAAAAAAGAAAUGGCUGACAUUGAUAGUGAAUGCUUUGCCCAAGUGCUCAGUGAACAUAAUUACCUUGCAUGUUGUUUUCCAGAGGAACCAAUUAUAGCUUCUUACGUUGAGAAGCUAAUGGAAGCUAAUUUUGACCAAUGCAAGGGUUUGAUGGAUAAAAAUCACUUCUUAUCCCGCUUCCCUUUGCACAAAUUGCGAGACGCGUUUAUCAUUAUGCUUCAAGUCGAAAGGAGUUAUUUUUCUCUAGAUUUUAUUGCGAACAAGAGGCAACUUGGAAGAUGGCAAUCUCAGGGCCAAGACUGCAUAAAUGUGCUUGAGUCUAUUGAACUGACAAUGUCGACAUCUCAUGAAACCGAGUUACCCCUUAGUACGAUGCUUUCGAAUCUGAAAACAUUCCUUGACAUUCGGCGGGAGCUGGCAAUGUUUUAUGACAGUCUGGCAGCUAUAACAUCUCUAGAAUCAGUUCUCGAUGUUUAUAGACUCCAAUGCUUCGAGUCAAUAAACACUGCGCAAAGCUGGCUCUCAUGUCUUGCGCCUUUGAAACAAAAUGUGAUGCUAGAAAUGAUGCUGGUGGAACUUAUCGCGGAUUCUGUCAGACACAUCAACCAUCUUCAAAUAACUUCAGCGCUGAAUUGCUUGAAGCGUGCUGAGAAAUGUUUGGCAGCCUUAGCAAGUUUACGUAGCAAUGUGUUUGACAUCGCCGCAACAUUUACGCCAGGCUCAAUUUCAGCGUCUUCUGUUCAGAGUAAAGCGGCGUCUAGUACAGCAGCAAGGACCCUUUCAGCUGUGUUUUGGGGCUCUUCGUCCAAACCAAAGAAUAAUAUUUUGACGUAUUUGUCUGGCGUGACUUCUUUUCUAUCUGCCCUUUUCGGAUGCUACUUCUCCAACAACCUCAACAGAAUAUCAGCAGCUGAUCUCUUCCCAGAGUGGGAGAAAGUAUUCCACUCCAAGAACUGGAUUUCAUCUUCCCUCUCCACCUUCUCCAAAACGAACAAAGUCUCCUGCUGGAUCUUGUUUAACCAGUCAAAUGAAGGACCAGAAAAAGGCGAUCCGGCUAGGGAUAUCGAAGCCUUCCUGCUCAGUGGAAUCUGUGGGUCUCCAUCUCUUAAUCUCAAGUACCAUGGUAUCGAACUAGUACACAGUAUAGUUCAUUCCGAUUCACAGCAGGCGUCUUGCGUGGAAACUUUUCUAGAAGCAGUUUGUAAGUUGCUGAGAGUGAAAUGGCGAAGUUUAUCAAUCGGGUCAUUUUACUCCAACGAGUAUGUUGAAAUUUACAAAGAUUUGGACAGAAGCUCGGAAGGUUUUGGGAGUAGCCAGGCCAAUUCAAAGUCAAUAGAUAGCUACGAGACUGCGUUUGAACAAAUGGUUCGCUUUUUGUGUUGCCGUUACGAUGACAACUUUGUGAUUAUUACUUCACUUCCAUUGGGUUUCUCACAAUUGGCCCAACCGAGUUUACUGAAUUCGCCGACGGCGCCAUCAUUUUCGCCCUCUUCUCGUCAAGGCAGUAUGGACCUCGGAAGUCCAACCGGAAUGGCAAAGAGCAGAAAGACAGCAAAGCAAGAUAUCUCAUUUAAAACUGCACUACAUGCUACUCUGAGAAAGAUCAAAGGAAUCUCUUCGCUGUCUGUGGCCCAGCCUUGAACUUAUAAUAACUGAUGAUUUGUUAGACUAACAUAGUUAGAG